UUUUUCACUAUUUAAGAAAUUUUUGAAUAAAUGUCAGUUCAAGUCUAUAGCUAAUUCCUUUAAAUUUACUUAUCUUGACUAUUUAGGACCUCUGACUUUGCUAUAGAUGGUCAAUUUAGGAGAGACACUCCAAGAAGAGAUAUUCAGGCGUAAAGCCAGAGCAAUCCACAUGAAAAAGUUGAAAGAAAUCAGAUACAGAAGUAUGACUCGGAGAAACAAAAAUAAUUCUAAUUCCUUCUCUUUUAAUGACUUCCAAAAGAAGAGAAAGAAGUUUAUGAAGAAAGAGAAAUUUGAUGACUUGAACAAAUCAAAUAGAAUUCUUUUACAAAGACUUAUUGCUAUUAGCAACAGGAAGAAAUAAAAAUGAUGAUGGAAGCAACUGAUUUAAUAAACCACAGAAAAUGCAAAAGUUGAUAAUAUCCUCUGUAAGAAGGCAGAGAUGCAGUCCAGUAGGCAAUAGUUAUAAUUCCAAAGUACCUAAUUUAAAAGUUCAAAACUUGAUUGAAAAUAGUGCUCUUAGCAAGCCCAAGAAAUAAAAGAUCAAAAUCUAGGGAUAGAUGAGCGCAGAGGUAUUUUAGAGACCAAGUAAUUGCCUCGAAGUUCACAUGAAGAUACAACCAGCUUCGAAGAAUAGAAGUAGAAAAUGCUAAAUUUGCUAAAAGACUUUACGACAAUAAGCCUUCAAUUUCUAAAAAGAAGCUUGAAGAUAGCUUCCAGACUCACUUGAAGUUAAAGAAGAGAAUGAGUAAAUUCUCUCAGAACAGGGCGAGAAAGUCUAUUGCAAUGGAAAUAGCUAAUCGAAAAUUAGGGACAAGCAACCAAGUCAAAAGAUCCCUCGUACCAGGUUCCAAUUCAGUCCCACGUAUGAGGCCAAAGACAAGGCAAAUCUCAACGACAGAAGGAAAUGGAAAGAACCUUGACUUGUAGUGCUAUAAGAUUAAUUUCAA